AUCAGUGAGGAGGAGGAGUUAACAAACUAAAAAACCUUGGUGACCAAGUGGUUCAGAAAAUUAAAUUUUCCAAGCUAACACUAAAGACUAAAGUCAGACAUCAUCAACUACAUCGAUACAUCAACCAUGGCUGUUAUUGAGCGAAAUCCAGUGCGUUUGGUCCUCCUGGGCAAGACAGGGGUUGGCAAAAGUGCCACAGGAAACACCAUUCUGGGUAAGAAGGCAUUUGUGUCUGCCGUUAGAGCCGCAUCUGUUACAAAGGAAUGCACAGCUCAAACAGCAGUGAUCAAUCUACAACGUAUUACAAUCAUUGACACACCUGGCUUAUAUGACACAGCAAUUCCCCUCGAAAGUAUUGUGGAAGAAACUAUGAAAGGCAUGCAGCUGAUAGCUCCUGGACCUCAUGCAUUUCUUCUUCUGCUUGAUGUGAGGCGUCACACUGAAGAAGAGAGAAACACUGUCAAGAAAUUUAAAGAAAUUUUUGGUGAUGAUGUGUGCCAGUAUGUGAUUAUACUGUUCACUCAUGGGGAUGAUCUCGAAUUUGAUGAUAAAAGCAUCGAGGACUACAUCAAAGAAGCUGGAUCUGACCUUCAGGAGCUGAUAACAUCUUGUGGGCAUAGAUAUCAUGUUUUUAACAACAGGUCAAAAGACUACACCCAGGUGCUGAAAUUCCUACACAUACUUAACAAGAUGCUGAAAGAAAACAAGCACAGUUACUAUAGCUAUGAACUGUUUACAACUGCAGAGACUCUGAAAGAGGUGAAAGCAACUGAAAAAGAGAAAGAAGAGAGAUUAAGAGAAUUGGAAAAUAAAGUGCUGGAACUUCAGCAUAAAACCAACCUAUGCACUAUAAUAUAAUGGAGAAUGUAUGAAAUGCUCCUUCAGCCAAAAAAAGCAGAGAAUAUGAAACAAAUAAUAAUACAUGAAUAAGUUAUUCAAUAAUACAUGAAUAAGUUAAGGCACAAAGUAGCACAUACUGUAUAUAAAAUUUCUGAGGGAAUUAUUAGGAGGGUUUUUCUGUAUAAAUGUAUUUAAUGUCAAGUGCUCUUUUAAGCAUUGAUUUCUUUUUCUUUUAGCAAUAAAUGUUUGUAACACAUGGUUAUAAAAUGAUGGAGGGGAACACUUAUUCAUUAUAAAACUAUUUACUAGUGUUUUUAAGAUGAUUUUCUAACAAAUGUUAAGUAUUAAUUUAAUGUCUUCACUGUGCAUGUUUAUCCUCAAGUCAAAUAAAGCAUUUAAUUAGUUUA